AUGACGCCUUCGCAGCGGAUGGCAGAAUGGGCCGCGGCAGUGCAGCUCGGAUUUACGUGGGUUGGACUACGCGAGCAGCCUCGGCCGUCCUCUGCCAAGUGGUUGAUGUCGAGCGAUGGCGAGCUCAACCCACCUCCUGGUCGGCGCAGCUUCCCCACAUUUGCUUGCUCGCAUGGCGCAGCAUCCUCGCCUCGGCCGUCGACAUGCGGUGCUCACUGGCGACUGCUUUUCCAGCACCGCCAAGUCACCGACGUCCAAGGCAUGCAUGCAGGGCUUGCCCAAGCCCCGCAUUUGCUCGCGCUUGAGCGUCUGGAGCCCGAUGACGGAACGGUCACCGAAGCUCGUAGCACGCUUGCUACGAUCCCGGUGUAG